AUGAAAGACCUCUGCUCGGAAAAGCUGCGACUCAUCCCCUUUGAUGGGAAAAGUGAUGCGCACGCGAAGAGGCUGUACCACCAGCGCAUCGGCUGUGGAUGGGCCGAGGAUGAAAUCGAGGCUUGGAGGGUUAAACACGAGAAGGGAGAGAAGGGGCUGUUCUGGCUUGUUCUACAGGACGGAGUUCCCGGACGGGACAAGUUGAUGGAAGACCACAGCAUCAAGUACCCAGAGGAGAAGGAGUUAUUGAAGGACUCGUCCAUAUCAGUCCUGGGACUUGAGAGGACGGCAACGAACCAAGACUUCGAUACGAUUGGCCACAUCGCCGUCGAGCGCCGGCCAGCCACGGACAAAGAGCUCGGAUUCCCAGCUGAUGAAGUGGCCUGGAUCACCAGCCUUUACAUCUCCUUUGCCAUGCAGCAUCUCGGAUUGGGAAGGGACGUGAUGAACAUUGUGGAGAAGUUCUUGACGAGGGAACCUCUGAACGCGAGGACGGCGGCCCUGGACACGAUGGAUAAGAAGAUGCAGCUUAGCCCAUUGAUGACGCGGUUAAUCUACGAAGUUCGCGGACACAAGAUACCGGCGGUUCUAAGGUCUAACGAGGAAUGGUAA